AUGAAUAAGAUUGAAAAAAUCUCAAUCUUAAAUCAUAUUAAAUCGUCAGAAGAAUCGAAUGAUACUACUUACUCGCUGAAAUUUCCGGUCCAUCAUAAGCAUCGGCGAAACGAAGCAACUCGAUCUAUAAAUAGUCAAGACGCAUUACCGUUAACAUUAGAUGAUAUCGAAAAAAUUGUUGUCACAGCAUACCAUGAUGCUGAAUUGAUUAUGAAAGAUUUGAAGUUAACAGAAACAAUGAAAAAGCAUAAGUUAAAUGAAUUGAAUACAUUGAGUUCGUUCGUUUUUACUCAAUUAACAAAGUAUUCUACAAUUGAUUAUUCUGCUGUGAGCAGUAUUGACGACGAAGACGAAGACUCAGAUGAUGAUGAUAGUAAUAAUAAUGAUAUUCUCACUGAUUGUUCUGAGAAUGAGCGCGAAUCAGAUGAGGAUUCUUCCGAAAAUGACAACCAAGGCUUAUAUCACUUGACUGUAUCAAAACAAACGUUCCACGGUAUGAAAAUUUACGAUGUUAUUAAUCCAGCAAAAGCGAAUCAUUAUUUCAAGAUUUUUAUUAAUGAUAAACCAAAAUAUAUCCAUAAACAAACAGCUGCGAGAAUGCUGUCUAUUAAUAAGAAUUCUUUGUCUUCGGACAGGCAAAUACGAGUUCAGCAAACAAAAAUUCAAAACUGA